GGAUGGUUUUAGAAAGUGUUUAAGAGGAUGUAAAGCUCUUUACAUGACGGACGGUGGAUUGUAUUUUUGCUUGAUUGUCUCUUUGACUGCGCACGGAAACCUGAGAGGUCCUUUACGCACACGCGCCAGCCCCUGACCGUGCGCCACUGGAUGUCCGGAUUAAAAAACAGUGUGGAUCUUUUCGGAGGGCAUGAGAAAUGUGAAAUAGAUGGAUAUACAAAUCAAGUAGUUUUUUUUCUUGUGGCGUGGAAUAUUUUCUAAGCUACACUUCCAGCCCUCAUGGCUUUGCCAAACUCACCGGGGUCUCCCGGAGCUGGAAAGCCCAAUCCCGGCGUGAUAGACCUGGGGACAAUCAUCGUUGACUCAGACAUCAUAUUUGGAUUUACAAGUCACCUACUGAAGAGAAAAACAAGGGUGGAGGGAUGUCCGAGUGGAGAAUCUCCAGUAACCCCCAGGAAAAGGCUUCAUUCUGUGGAGGACGCGCGCUGCAGCAACCGGCCUGCUCCCGAGGGCGCCGGGUCUGUCUCCAUCUCCGAGUCGGAGGAGAAGGGAGGCUUUUGCCAACAAUGUCACGAGAAAGUGUCCCAACUGAGGAAGCAAGCGCUGAAACUGGCUGACCAAAACUCACUGAAGGACCCGGCAUAUGCAACUUUUUUAUUUGAGCAGCUUCAGACACCCGGGAGCCAUGAAGCUGGUGUCAGCUGUUGCCAAGUGUGUUCUACGCCUCUGAACCAACUGAGGCAGGAGGCCUUGCAGACGCUCCAUGCGCCCGUCCUCGCCUUCAGCUCAGACAUGGCAGCACAGCCCACGAGAUCCUUGCUACCGCAGCCGUCCAGAUUUUCCGCGUCAUCCUCGGCCGUCCAUGCAAAACAACUGUCCAAAGGCCAAAGCAUCACCCAUGGUGUCCUGCCCUUGGGUGAGCGACACAGGGUGCCAGGUUGGUCACAAAGCCCCGCAAUCUCUUCAGUGCCCAAGACCAGUGUCCAGGUGACGGUGGCAGGAGGGCAGCUCACUGGAUCCCUGAACUCUGUCACCAUCCAGGCACAGCAGUACCUCGAGGGCAUGUGGAGCAUCUCCAGGGUCAACAACUUCAUCCCUCAGCCCAAACCGGCCCAGGGUUUGAUGGGGGAUGCGGACAGGCUCAUCACAGCCUCAGAGGCCCCAUUCACCACCAUGACCACCAGGACCAGCAUCAGCAGCAGCACCCUGACGCCCUGCCGACUGGGGAGCGCCAUCCAAGCGGGACUCCCGGUACCCGUCACCUGUACCUCCACCUCCCCCACUCCCACCUCAUCUGCAGCAGCCUCCUUUUUCAUUAGGGCAGCUCAGAAGCUUAACCUGUCCUCAAAGCGGAAGAAGCACCAGCCCUCACUGCUUCACUCACAGGAGCCCUCCAUCUACCCGACCAACUUCAGCGGCAUCCUGCAGGUCUCCCCACCCCCCGCCCCGCCAUGCCUGCUUCGAGCCGUGUCCAAAGUGAAAGAGAAUCCAGGGAUGGGAAAGGUGAAGGUGAUGAUGCGCAUCUGUCCAUCUCUGGAGGCCGUGGACUCCUCAGAGUCGCAGUCCUUUUUGAAAGUGGACAGUCGGAAGAAGCAGCUGACCCUGUACGACCCUGCAUCCAGCCCACACUCCAGUUCCGGACACAGGAGGUCCGCCACUGUGGCCGUCCCAAAGAUAUUCGCCUUUGAUGCCGUUUUCACCCAGGAUGCCUCACAAGCUGAGGUGUGCUCGGGGACAGUCGCUGAGAUCCUCCAGUCGGUGGUGAACGGUGCAGACGGCUGCAUCUUCUGCUUUGGCCAAGUGAAGCUCGGCAAGACAUACACCAUGAUUGGCAAAGACAGCUCCACUCAGAACCUCGGCAUUGUGCCCUGUGCCAUUUCCUGGCUCUUCAAGCUCAUCAAUGAGCGCAAGGAGAAGACGGGGACGCGCUUCUCUGUUCGAGUGUCUGCGGUGGAAAUCUUCGGGAAAGACGAGGAGCUGAAAGACUUGCUGUCUGACGUGUCAACUGGCAGCCUGCAGGAGGGCCAGUCCCCGGGUAUUCACCUGAGAGAGGAUCCCAUCUGUGGCACUCAGCUCCAGAAUCAGAGUGAGCUGCGUGCCCCGACAGCAGAGAAGGCUGCCUUCUACCUGGAUGCAGCCAUCACCGCACGCAGCACCAGCAGGCCAAAUGCAGACGAGGAAGACCGGCGCAACUCCCACAUGCUGUUCACGCUGCACAUUUACCAAUAUCGCAUGGAGAAGAGUGGCAAGGGCGGAAUGUCAGGCGGACGGAGCAGGCUGCAUCUCAUCGACCUGGGAAGUUGUGAAAAGGUUCUGAGUAAAAGCAGAGACGGAGGGGGAGGCUUGUGUCUAUCUCUGAAUGCACUGGGAAAUGUUAUCAUGGCUUUAACAAAUGGAGCAAAACACGUACCUUACAGGGACAGCAAACUGACAAUGCUGUUGAGGGAAUCCCUUGGCAACAUAAACUGCAGAACCACCAUGAUCGCCCACAUUUCUGACUCCCCUGCCAACUACACUGACUCGCUCACCACAAUCCAGCUGGCGUCUCGAAUCCACCGCAUGAGAAAGAAGAAAUCUAAGUAUGCAUCCAGUUCAUCCGGAGGGGAGAGUUCCUGUGAGGAAGGGAGGAUCCGCCGGCCGCCACACCUCAGACCCUUCCAUCCUCGGACAGUAGCGCUGGACCCUGAGCUGCCCUCCCUGCUAAGUGACCCAGACUACUCCUCCAGUAGUGAACAGUCCUGUGAUACUGUCAUUUAUGUUGGGCCUGGUGGAACUGCAAUCUCAGACAGAGAGCUCAGUGACAACGAAGGCCCGCCUGCCUUUGUACCCAUCAUCCCCUCUCUGAAUAAGAAGAGGUCGGUAAGGGAAGGCCCUCUGGACAGAGACCAGUUUUUCAAAUGCAACACAUUUGCUGAGCUGCAGGAGAGGUUAGAGUGUAUAGAUGGCAGUGAAGAGCCCACUGCUUUUGUUGGAGAGGGCAAGCGAGGUCAGGCUAGUCCCAAGAGUGACAAAUCAAAGGAGAUCCAAGGCUGUGUUUCACCAAAAACUGUAGCAAAUAUGUCUUGCAGCCAAGAGGGCACCUCACCCAAGCAAUCUCCAAAAUCUGUCACCACGCCACCGUCCUGCAGUCCCAGCACUAAGUCUAAACUGGACAAUGCCAAGAUACAAUGCAUACUUGAAGAAAGCGCAACACCAGAGAGUGUCCAAAAUGUAUGCAGGACCAGUGCUGAUGGUGAGAAGGCCUUGGCUCCUGAGAGCCAGGUUAGUACAAAUACAUUAGCAAACCCUUCAGUAUCAAACUCUGAGCCCGUGGUACGGGAGAAGGUUUACUUCAACAAGAAAGCCCUGCCAAAGCCGGCCCCUCCGCCUUCGCAGCAUGUAGAUAAUGAGGAAAGAUCCAGCACCAGAAUGCCACCUGUGGGAAUGAGUCACCAAGCUGUGAAAAGAAGGGAUCCCUGCACUUCCCCCUUGUUCAGAGUUCCAAUGGAGGUGUGUCAGGUGCGCUCUACGUUGAGGGAGAGGUGUCUGGAUCGGGACAUCCUUAGAGCUACGGUUACCUUGCAGCAGCCCGUGGAGCUAAAUGGAGAGGAUGAACUGGUGUUCACCGUGGUGGAGGAGCUGUCUAUUGACAGCCUCGUCGAUACGGGCCGCCCCUCCAGCAUUAUCAGCUUCAACAGUGACUGCUCCCUUCAGGCUCUGGCCUCCGGCUCCCGACCUGUCAGCAUCAUUAGCAGCAUUAAUGAUGAAUUUGAUGCCUACACAUCAGCUGUAGGAGGAAUGGAGGGGAACGUUGCCGUGGUCACACCCCACCAGGACGGAAUGAAGGAUUGUGUGGACAGCAGAGGUUCAUCUAUUAGCUCUUGGCUGAGCGAAGUUAGUGUCUGCACGUUGGAGAAUGAAGGGGCUCAUUCUAAUGAUGUCUUCCUUCCUCAGUCCAAACAGACGGGAUCCGCGGCCACAUUUUGCUUUGAUUCCUUGGAUAUGUUCCAUUGUGUAUCUUCCCCUAGAGAUGCCAAGAACUCCUUAAAUGACAGUGGGUUUAGUUUUUCGGAACAAGACAGUGAUAGUGCUGCCUCAAGCAAACUAUCACUGACAAAGUGUCCCCCAUCUCCGGAAUCAGCCAAAGGCUCCCUCAAAUUCACAUCCAAAAUAACAAAAACUCAUUCCCUUAGUUCCUCACAACUUCCACAGACCCCCAACAUAGUCAAUUCCAGUCUUCCCAGGAAGAUUAAACCUACCUCAUCCAUCUCUCAUAGUAGUAGCAGUAGCAGCAGCAGCAGUAGGGAGCCUCCAAGACAAGAGACUAAACAGGAGGAUCCAUGGCAGCGCACUGACAACCACUCAGAACCUCAGUUUUCUGAAUCCAGCAACACCAGCAGAUUUGCCAGAAAUCCCCCCAGUGGCAUACCUUACAGCAAAACAUCCAACAGCAGCAACAGUGUACCCCGUCCACCAAAGGUGCAGGGGUCUACCUCAUCCCAGAGGGUGGUCGACGGCUGCGAGAAAUCAGCCAGUAAGAAUCCUCCCAGCAGAAUGCCUCAGCUCAGACGAGGUGCCACCACCCUGGGAACAGUGCCGGUCAUCCAUUCCACCAUAGACUACAAGGGGAGCCAAGAUAGUAUGACAUCUACCACAAGCCUUAAAUUCUCAUCUCUGGGGAAAAACAACAAGGCCAACUCACAGAAAGCAAGUAACAUCCCAAGACCUGGUUGCACCUCGCCUCCCCUCCCUCCAGUGAGAAAGUCCAGUCUUGAUCAUAAGACUAAGACCCUUUUGCCCCAAAGUGCCUUAAAGUCAGCAUAUGGGGAGACAGGAAGGGCCUCUGGGGUAAGGGCAGCCGUAUCAGAGGAAGAGCUUGAUGUGCGUCACAUAGUCGACUCUGUCGGUAACAAAACCUCCAGCCUCAACAUAGCCAAAGUUACCUCCAGUCUAAAGGCUAGAGGGCCGAGAGGAGAGGCUGGCCACCAUUAUGGCAGUCAGAUGUCACUGGAAAGGUGUGAAAGUCUGUCCCUAUCGGGUUCCAGGACUGCGCUCAGUCGGGAGAACAGUGGGACAAGUUUAGGUAGUAACAAAUCCAACAAGUCCAUUCCAAGAUUUGGUGUUCCUAAUUCAUCCAGCUCUCCUAUAGCCACCUGUUUGUCAUCCCCAGGUGGAGGAAAUACAAGCAAAUCUGGACAGGUGAAAGCUUCCGUAAAUCCCAGAGCAGUCGGAACAGUCAGCGGUAGUAAGGCACGUUCACUGUCAGCCAACAACGCAAAGGGCCUAAGCUCUUCCAACAAAUCUUUGUCCGCUCCCAUGACCAGAAACACCAACGCCAACCUCCCUCCGUCAGGACGGACAUCGGCUCCUCGGACCCCUGCUGCGGUCAGUAAUAAGCCAGGGAGAGGAACUAUCAUGGGCACAAAGCAGGCCAUGAGGGCUGCCAACAGCCGCGUGAGCGAACUGGCAACGGGCAACGUAUCAGGCAAACACCUGAGAGGUUCGGGCGAUUCAGAUAGCGGCAAUGACAGCGGGGUGAACGCGAGUGACGACAAACCUCCCACAGCCAUGCUGCCCUCCCCGUACAGCAAAAUCACGGCACCCAGACGGCCUCAGCGCUACAGCAGCGGCCACGGCAGCGACAACAGCAGUGUCUUGAGCGGGGAGCUGCCGCCAGCGAUGGGCCGCACGGCUCUCUUCUACCACAGCGGUGGCAGCAGUGGGUAUGAAAGCAUGAUCCGUGACAGCGAAGCCACAGGAAGCGCUUCCUCCGCCCACGACUCCAUGAGCGAGAGCGGCAUGUCGUCUUCGGGCAGAAUAAGAAGCUCCAAGUAUCCCAAGAAGAGAGCAAAUGGUUUCCAGAGAAGACGGCUGAUCCCGGCGCCGCUGCCUGACACCUCUUCCCUGGGGAAGAAGGCUGGCACAGCAGGUCAGUGGGUGGACCUGCCCCCUAUGUCUGGACCACUGAAGGAGCCCUUUGAGAUCAAGGUGUAUGAGAUCGAUGACGUGGAAAGGCUUCAGAGGCGGCGUCAUGAGGAAACCGCAGAGCAAUCAUUCCAAGAUGUUGACAAGGGCCUGCUGUAUUUCAACAGUAAGCUGAAAAUACUGGAGAGAAGGCAACAGCAAGUGAGAGAACUGAGAGCAAAGCAUGAGAUGUUGAUGGAGGAGCUGGAAGACACAAAGGCCAGGUUGAUGAUGGACCCCAGCAAGUGGAACGGAGAGUUUGAGGUGGACCAGAAUUUGGAUAAAGAAUCUCUGGAGUACCUGGAGGCCCUGGCACAGGCCACAGAAGAGCUGGAAUUCUGUGUCAACCUAUGCAAGUCCCACGUCAUGAUGGUGACCUGCUUCGACAUCAGCAUGUCGACACCCGGCAUACAGGAGGGCCUGCGUGAAGUGGAAGUCUGAGGACAAAAGGAAGUUGAGGCAGAGCUACGAGGAAGUGGGAAGGACGGUAAACAAGCGACGCUGUCGGCUAAGAGUUAUCACUGGAGUGAAGAACAAACGGAGAUGAGACGAGAGUGGAUCCUGGCGUGAGAACAGAGAACAUCUUUACCACCUACUACAGUGCCUCGUUAUCCAGGACAUAGUUUUAAAGACAAAGGAAUAAAACGUGAGCACAAAUGUUGUUGCCCUCAUGGCAAGGCAGAGGCCAUCACUUACUCAAGAGUCAGCAACAUGUGGAAGUGCCUUUUUUAUUGUUUUCUUUUGAGUCUUUAUUUUUCAUAUGGUGCAGGUAUCGUGAGCAUACCCAAGCAAACCCUGAACAUAUUGCUUUUAUGAAAAAUAUUUUAUAUUGCAUUGUAUAGUGUAUUUAUAUGAUUAUGUGGUAUGUACAAAUAUCUUUUUUGAGAGAAAAAAAAAAAAAUAAAGAUAAAAAAAAGGAACAAGCAAUAAGCUAAUGUUAUUGCGCUCCCAGACUUUGCCUUUUCUCUUGUUUCAAACCUCAGUCAGCAUUUUAUCCAUCUUCAUUCAGCCUCUUGCGCCUUAUGUUAAAAAUCUCUGGUUCUGUAAUUUUCUAGAUUUUUCACACUGGACUAUGUUAUCUCAACCAACGACUGCAUUUACUGUUGUCACUCAUCACCUGCCUGCUGGUCUCUAAAAAAGCUUGCAGAGCUGAGUGAAUGUUCUUUCACUCCAGUUGCCUUGAUCAAAGUGGGUCUCAGUGCAUGCUCUAAGGUAGAGCACCGGUUCCGCUGGCAGACAGAGGAAGAUAGAAGGCUUAUUCAAGCUGCGCCUGCCCGUGUUUAUCUCACCGAAAAUGAAAGAUUAAGCCAAAACAUAUCAAUCAAAGGGCCACUGUGAUGGAUAGUGAGCGAUUAUUCUUAGCUCAGCCAUUCUCUCUGGUGCCUCACUAUGUGGUGACGCAAGCCCGGGGCGCGGGGGGGGCGGGGCGCCCUCAGUCUUCUCGCGUAAUGAAUGGCUACGCUGAUGCCAGUGCUCAUCAGCGAGCGUCGUCACUGCAAGACAAAGGGGCACAGAUGAGAUAGCACAGGUCUACUGCUGCCAAUCCUUGGCUCUAUGCAUUCCAGUACAUUUACUGCAACUUACUCUUACAACCUCAAUACUGACUGAAGGGAAACGACAACAACACAGUUUCAGUCACGUAUGGCCCUAAGCAGAAGUUGAACAGUGUCCAAAACAAUGACUGCAUCAUUUUUUAUUGUCCAGUGAAAUAAGAGCAAAUGAGUGUGACACUGUUGAUCAAUCAAUCACAAUACAAUGUGCUUGUUGCAAGUCAAACGGCUGAUAAAUAGAGAGCAAAGGUGAUUGGUGAAAUGAUUGUCAAGAAAAAAACAUACCGGCUUUGUUGUAUUUUGGCGUGUUUGAUUUCUAUAUCGAUGAGAAAAUUACGUUGUUUCCUUCUUUUCCAAGAUGUACUCUCUCAGGCCCUCUCUGAAGAUGCUGCAUGAGAUUUUGUAAUCAUUUUAAAGAAUGAUUUCUACUCCAUUUUUACCAUUAUAGUUUUUUUUUUUAACAAUAACUUUCAAUGAUGUGGGUUUAGGCUCAUAAUUUAAAUAACUGUUACCAAACCAAGACCUUUUUUUCCACAAAAAGAAGAAGAAAAAAAACAAUAUGUAAGGUCAUAUUUCAUAUCAAAACCCAUAUUUUUGAAUUGCUUUGCUUUUCUAUGGGACUUUCAGACCCUAUGUAUAAAUGUAUGAUAAGGCAGCUUGUGUUUUACUUUUUUUUUUUAUUACCUGUGAAUAAAAUGGUUCUACAAACUGA